AUGCCGUUCAUCCCAUACCCACUGACCACCGACGUUAAGCGACAGGGAGUGGAGAUCCCUGGUACUCGCAAGGAAGGACAGUCAGGAGUGUGGAGGAGCGCCAUCUUUGACCGGACCAUCCUCAGCGCGCCUGAUGAGCCUGGUACCCUCUACGAGCUGUUCGAACGAUCGGCCACAACAUACGGAAGUCGACCCCUCUUCCAACGUCGUGCUGAGCACCCAUCAUCCACUUCUCAGAACCCCAUCCUCACCAAAACCUUGAUCGCAACCUCUUACGCCGAGGUCAAAAUCAAGCGCGAUGCCGUCGGUUCUGCCCUGCUCGCUCUCGAGCGAGAGGGGUCUCUUAGGAAUGCCUCUUCAGAUGCCCCGGGUAGCAAAGCCACGCCUCUCGAGGUGACACACCCGGGCGUACCUCACUAUGGCGAUGAGAAUCGGAAGAAGGGCGGCGCGAGGCGAGGGUGGGCUGUCGGUGUCUGGAGUAAGAACCGGGAGGAGUGGCAGAUCACGGAUCUGGCUUGUCAGGCCUAUGGGCUCGUGGGAGUGAGCUUGUAUGAGACUUUGGGUCCCGAUGUUGCUCGGUAUAUCACCAAUCACUGUCCUCUAUCGGUCAUCGUCGCAUCUCGAGACCAUCUUACUUCUCUUCUCAAGCUUGCUCCCCAAUGCCCCUCCCUACGAGUUGUCGUCUCCAUGGACCCCCUCUCCUCCUCGGAGCAUAACGUUCUCAAACAAUGGGCCGACACUGUCGGUAUCACCCUUUUGACCUUUGAUGAGCUCUUGCAGAAAGGAUCUGGUGCGAACGCUGUCCAACCCGGGCCCGAGCCAGGAGAAGAGGCACUCGAGCUGAACAGAAUCGCAACCAUCUCUUACACCAGUGGUACUACCGGCGACCCCAAGGGUGUAGUCUUGACUACCGAAAACCUUCUCCGAACUACCAUCUCCAACGGUAAAGGUGUCAACCCUCGUCUGAUAGGACAAGAAUGGCAAUUCUUGUCAUUCUUGCCUCUGAGUCAUAUUUACGAACGAUUCGUCGAACUGGUCGUCAUGUACGCUGGAGGCACUAUCGGUUUCGCUUGUGGAGACGCUACCAAGUUUGGCGAAGACGCCCAGAUCUACAGACCUCACUUCCUGGUCGGAGUCCCUCGCAUGUGGAACAGGCUCCACGGAGCGGUGACGGAACAAAUGAACGCCGGCGGCCUCAAAGGCGCCCUUCUCUCCAAGGCGGUCAAUGCGAAGCUCGCCAGAUGGAGAGAGACUGGGGAGGUGACUUAUCCUCUCUACGAUGCCCUCGUCUUCCGAAAGAUUCAAGCACUCCUCGGUGGAAGAGUGCUGUUCAUGGGCUCCGGGGCUGCUCCUCUGCGAUCAGACGUUCACGAGCUCUUGAAAGUGUGCUUCGCCUGUGAAGUUGUGCAAGGCUUUGGUAUGACUGAGAGUGUCGGUACCGGUACAAGAGGUCUCGGUUGGGACAUCACAGCCCCCGGUACUUGCGGCGCCAUCCAGCCCUGCAACGAUCUCAAGCUGGUUGAUGUCCCCGACAUGGGCUAUAGGGCAAACGACAAGCCCAACCCUCGAGGAGAGCUGUGUAUGAAAGGGCUCAAUAUCACGCCUGGAUACUUGCACAACCCCAAAGCCACCAAGGAGACUAUCGACGAAGACGGCUGGCUUCACACCGGAGAUAUCGGCGAGAUCGACUCUGUCGGCAGGCUCAAGAUCAUCGACCGCCUCAAGAACGUGGUCAAGCUCUCCCAAGGCGAAUACGUCGCGCUCGAGAAGCUUGAAGGCCUUUACGCGCUUGACCCCCUCUUUGCUUCCUUCCUCGUGCACGGCGACUCUACCCGAUCGCACCUUAUCGCACUUGCUGUUCUCGAGCCCGACCAGGCGGCGGGGUUGAUCUCAAAGGUGAAGGGGGGCAAUGUUAAGGCGGGGGACCUGGAGGGGUUGGAGAAGGCUGUCAAUGAUAAGGAGAUCAGGAAGGCAGUUCUGAGGAACCUCGGGAAGACUGCUAGAAAGUACAAGCUCAAUGGAUUUGAAACGAUCAAGGGGGUCUACCUGACCGUCCAGCCCUUCUCCGAAGACAUCAUGACACCCACCUUCAAGAUCAAGCGCAACAUUGCUGCCAAGCGGUACUCCAGGGAGAUUGAAGAAGUCUAUGAGCGUGGGGAAGGCGAGGGGAACGAAGCUCUGAAGGAAGCUAAACUGUAA